GGUCCCCUCUCCAGGGGGGCGGGCCCCGUCCCGCCCACUGCGGCCCUAGCAACCACAUCCGGGACUCAGCCGGCGCCGUUGCCCGGGUAAUUUUCUGGCUGCGGCCAGGUCCCAGAGGGGUGUGAGCCCGGGUACAGAUGCACCUGCCCGAGCUUGCCCCAGGGCGGUCCAGGAGCCCUUAGCAUAACUUUCUCACUCACACACCUCAGUCUCACGCGUUACGCUUUCCCCCAGCAGAUGGUGAGCCGGUGGCGGGAGGGCGCCUCGCAAUCCCAGGAGAGCCAAAGCUUCUUUCUCAGCUGCCGGAGAGCACGCAGAAGAAGUAUAUAUUACAAAGCAUUCAAAGGCAAGUGAGAACUCAAGGGGUCAGAGCAGAGCUCGAGAGCUUUUCACAGAGACACCAUUUGGGAGUGACGGAGGAUAUUGUCGAGUCUUGGAAGGAUUCUACCAUUUUCUUCUCCACCCUAAAGAGACUUGGAAAUUAGCGGCUGACGUUUUGCAUGAAAUGUCUGAAUGCUUUUCUUCUUAUCUCUGAGGGCUUCUGUGGAGAAUUAAGAGGAGGUUGAAUGCGCGCAUGGAUAAAAUGGAUCAUCUUAAAGGAUUGAAGUUCCAAAAAUACAUCAGCAGGACUGGACAGGUUUGACAUAAUGAGAUUUCUAUUUUAGCUUGACUUCUGGAACUCCGAAUAAACUGAACUGCACAAGGUCCUGGGGAGGAGGUUUCUCUUCUAAAAUAUUCUAGCUGCAGAUAAUAUUUUUCUUAGUCAGAUCCUUUGAAGAAAUGUAUUUAUUCAUCCAUUUGCACAGAAAUAAGACUAUUAGACACUGACCAACUUUUAAUAUAUGCAGUGGCUUCAAAAGCAAUUUGUAUCAUACUGGAAAAUAAAUUUUCCUAAAGAAACAGACCCAGAGAGAGACGACAUCUCUACAUAAGCUCAGAGUGAGAUGGCCGAAGCUCCUGUGGAUGCCUCAACUCUGCCUGUAACUGUGAAGAAAAAGAAAAGUCUAUCCAUUGAGGAAAAGAUCGACAUCAUAAAUGCAGUAGAAAGCGGUAAGAAAAAAGCAGAGAUUGCAGCUGAAUAUGGAAUAAAGAAAAAUUCGUUGUCUUCUAUUAUGAAGAAUAAAGACAAGGUUCUGGAAGCCUUUGAAUCACUGAGAUUUGAUCCAAAGAGAAAAAGACUGAGAACUGCUUUUUACACAGACCUGGAAGAGGCACUAAUGAGGUGGUACCGAAUCGCUCAGUGUCUGAAUGUGCCAGUUAAUGGCCCAAUGUUGCGGCUAAAAGCUAAUGACUUUGCCCAGAAACUGGGACAUAAUGAUUUUAAGUGCAGCAAUGGUUGGCUGGAUCGGUUUAAAUCCAGGUAUGGUCUAGUAUUUAGAGCUCAACCUGUAGAAGCCACAGGUGUAUCAGCAGACCCUUCAGCUGUCUGGCACCAAAACAUACUUCCUUAUUAUUUAAAUGAUUAUCAUCCUAAAAAUGUUUUUAAUGUAAAAGAGACUGGGCUGCUUUAUCGAAUGUUGCCUGCAAAUACCUUUGCAUUUAAAGGAGAAACCUGUUCAAUUGGCAAGUUAUGCAAAGACAGAAUAACUCUGGUGGUUGGGACAAACAUGGAUGGCUCAGAGAAACUUCCUCUGCUUUUCAUUGGAAAAAACAGAAAUCCCCAUUGCUUCAAAGGCAUAAAAUCAUUGCCUGUGUAUUAUGAAGCUAACAAAAUGGCAUGGAUGACUGCAGAUGUGUUUGAACAGUGGAUGCAGAAGCUGGAUGAGAGAUUUCAAGCUCAGCAAAGAAGAGUGGUGAUUUUUGUUGAAUCUUCUCCUGCACACCCAGAGGUAAAAAACCUGAAGUCCAUUGAAUUAGCGUUCUUUCCAUCAUGUUUAUCUUCCAAAUUUAUAGCUAUGAAACAAGGUGUUAUUAGAAGCCUUAAAAUCAAAUAUCGACAUUGUCUUAUUAAGAAAUUUCUGAGCUCUGUUGAAGGCAGCAAAGAAUUUACUUUUUCCCUUCUAGAUGCAGUUGAUACAUUGCAUCUCUGUUGGAGGGCUGUCACCCCAGAGACCAUUGUUAAGAGCUAUGAAGAGGCAGGAUUCAAAUCUCAAAGGGGAGAAAGUGAGGAGGCAAAUGCAGAGGCAGACCCUGGCCUUGAUUUGGUUGCCGACGCCCAGGCGGCAGGAGUGGAAUUUCCCGAAGGCUUAUCUGUAGAAGAGUAUGCUGCCCUGGAUGAUGACUUGGAGACUUGUGAGGCUGCCUCCCAAGUCUCUCCAAGCGGUGAUGCUGUGUGCCACAAAGAAAGUGAAUCAGAGGAAGCUGGAUUUUACACUUCUGACGAGGAGGAUGACGGUGGAUCUCUGGAGAGCGAACUCCCCUUACCAUCAAAAAAUGAGGCAAUAACUGCUUUAGAUACUCUGAAAGGUUUUCUUAGAAGUCAAGAUAUAAAUGAUGAGCUUCAUAAUUCUUUAGCAGACCUUGAAAUUUUUAUUAACUCUUUAUCAUUUAAGUAAUUAUUUAUUGUACAACAUCUGAAGAUAAUAGAGCUUUUUAUAAUGUAUGUUAUUAUUAAUAUUUAAGGUAUAUAAAGGGAAAAUGCCUCUUAAACCUAAAAAAUGCCUAACUAAUAAUUUUUGGUUUAAUUGCAGAUGUCUUUGGUCUGUCUGCAGAGUAAAGUUCCCUAGGUAGAGUAAAUGAUGAGUAAGUAAUGAAAAACAUGAAUUUCAAUUUAGUAAGAUUUGGGGAGCAGAAAAUAAAUUUCACAGGCCUUAUAUUUGAAAUAUAUGGCAUAUAUGUCAAAAAGAAAAAGAACUCUCCAACUAUUUGAUUCACACAGGUUGAACUAGUGAUUGCUAUUUUCUAUUUUUUUCAAGUUCAGAUCAUGUUGUAAGAUAUUUUAAUUUUUCUACCUCGUCUAAGAACCAAAACAUCUAUCUAUCGGUUAGAUAUUUAUUUUUAUAAACAUAUACUAACUAGACUCAAGUAUCAAGUGCUAAUUUUAAAUUAUUUCCUCAUGACUAGCUAAUCAUCCUAAUAAAAAUUAUGAAAAAUUACUGGAAAAAAAUUUGACCCAGUUAUAAACCCAGAUGAUUAAAAAUAUGCAUCUAACUUUAAAAUUAUUUCUAUAUAAGGUCAAAUGAAAGACUAUGACCUUAUCAGGUUUUCUUAAAUCACCUAUAACCAGAAGAUGAUAUGGAUUCUUCCUAAAUAUUUGUAUGUAUAUGUGUGUGUGUUUA